AUGUCCGAGAAAUCCGUCAAACGGAAAAUUGAAGAGGACCCGGCUGAGGCCCCUGUUACCAAGAGAGCAGGGCCCGAGCUGGUAAUCGAAAGUGAAACUGGCAUGGAGGUGGAAAGUCCCAAACCGCCCAACUAUGCUGAUGCGGUCCGGAAAAUCCCGCCGGUAAAUGUGAAAGGCCACGAGGAAUGGACCGAGAUGGUGGCCUAUCUAGAGAAAGAGGGCAUCACCCUCGAAAAAUCCGCUAUGACAAGAGAGGGGUACAGGAUGUACCCAAAAACUGCAGCUGACUACCGCAAACUAACGCAGAUCCAAAUGCACGAAGACGACAUAGAGAAAACCGCUUUCAGCAGCGAAAACGGACACUAUGAAUUCCUUAGCAUGCCAUUUGGGUUGAAGAAUGCUCCAGCAACCUUCCAGCGCGUGAUGGAUAAUAUUCUCAUCAUCCUUGCAGAUAAUUAG